AUGUCUUGGUAUUCGAAAAUUUAUACAAGAGUUCGAGAAAUUCGAGCAAAUAAUUGUUUUCUUGGAACAAUACUUACAUUCUGUCUAAACAUUUUUCUUGUUAUUCAAAUUCUCGGACUUUUCUAUUCGUAAGUUUUUUUGGGGAAAAAUUAAUAACAAACGUUUGAAACAGUGAAUUUUCGCUUUCUCUCACAGUUUCUGAGCUUCUCAAAAAUUAUAAAUUUCAAACUUCAAAGAAAUUCUGUAAUCAAGUUACAGUACUCCUGAUUAUAAAUUACAUUUCCUCUACGCAUUUUUGCAAACAAGACUGUACAUAGUUUGGAAGUAGAUCACUUCUGAGUACUGAAAGUCUACUUCAUAAAUCCCCCUUUCCUCCGAUAUUUUUUUCUAAUUUCAGAAUGUAUGUUUAUGUUACAAUAACAGUUGGUUAUUAUGUUCAAUACAAAGCUCAAGCAAUUGUUUAUUUGAUUAUUUCCACUUAUUUAUUCUUAAUGACACUUUGGAGUCUAAUGAGAACAAUAUUCACACGACCUGCAAGAGUUCCUUCAAAUUAUCAACCAUCCAAAGAAUUGCAAGAUCAAUUGGCAGCUGUAACACCGUAUAUUAAUAAUCGAUUUGAAGCGGACAAAUCGACACCAGCGCAGGUGAGCAUUUGUUGAAACUAUUCUAGAUUUUUCGAAAAAUUCUGAAGAUUUGCGAUUCCUUUUUGUUCCAGAUUCAAAGUCAAAACGUAAUUCUCGAAGAAAUGUGUCGAAGUUUGAACAUCAAAGUAGCUGAAUGUGAUCAAUUUGGACGAAUUAAAUAUUGUUAUGAAUGCGGUCAUAUCAAACCAGAUCGAACCAGACAUUGUAGUUCUUGUGGUAAAUGUUGUGUCAAAUAUGAUCAUCAUUGUCCAUGGAUUAAUACGUGUGUUACUCACGUAAGUGAAAAAAAAGAAGAUGGAGGAACUGUUUUCAAAUAUCGGGAACAGGGCUGGUCGGAAUCGGAAUAUCGAAAUUCCGAAAUUCCGAAAAUCGACGUUUUUUCGGAAGUGUAGUUUAGUCGGAAGCACUUCCGAAAGAAAAACUCGGAAUUGCUUGAAUUCCGACUCUCGUUCCGACUUUUUAUUCAUUCCGACUUUUUUGUCGGAAUCACUUUCGAAAAAUUUCGGAAUAUCGGAAUAUAUGCUUUUAUAAAGAAAACUUUAUUUUGAGGCUGAAAUGAUGGUGAAAAAUUUCUUAAUAAUCGAUAAUAGACACAAAUUUGUUGUCUUUCAUAAACUAAAGAACAAGAUUCACUUUUUCGCAACUAUUUUCACUAUAAUUGUUCUGAUAACUCAUCGAAAAAUGUCGUUUUCCAGUUUUUUCCUGCGCAUUAGGACUUCCGAAUUUCUUUCGAAAUUCCGAAAAAAAAGUCGGAAGAAAAAUCGGAAUUCCGAACUAUCGAAAAAUUAUUCGGAAUAAGAAGUCGGAAUGCCGAAAUUCCGAAAACAAAAUCGGGAGUGAAAAUGGGACUUCCGAAAUUCCGAAAGGUCAAUUCCGACCAGCCCUGAUCGGGAAAGGGUUUAAAAAAUCAAAGUUUCUUAUCAGAAAUCUUUAAAACAGUAAUCUGUGUUCCCUGAAUUUUAGAUGCCAAUUCCUUAAGGUUACUGUAGGUUUUUGUAGAAUACUCAAUUCAAAGGAAUUUUUUUACAACAAAAUAGACUGGAGAAACUUUUGCCCAUUUUUUCAUUGGUUAUCCUAGAUUGUUUUUUGAAUUGCGCAAUUUCUCAAUCAUUAUAAUUUUAAUUAAAUUCUGAAAUUUUAGAAAAAAUUUGAAAAAAAAACCGAAACUAAUUAAUUUUUUUCAGAGUAAUUACAAAUAUUUCCUCUGCUAUGUUUGUUAUACAACAAUAUUUGUUUAUUGGUUUUUAUUCACCUCAAUCGAAGGAGUUGUUCGAUAUUUUAUUUGGCAAAAAUGGAUGGAAGAUUUGUCGAAAAUCAUAAUCUACACAGUUCUAAUGCUCUUUGGAUGUGUUUUUGGCUAUUUUCCACUUGGCGAAUUGGUUAUUUUCCAUUGGAGUCUUGUUGGUUACAACGAAACAACUGUUGAACAAACAAAACCAGCUGUAUUACGAAAUGAUAAUAUGGCUGAUUAUAAUAUGGGAAAAUCUGCGAAUUUUGAACAUGCUCUUGGUUGGGGAUUAUGGGGUUGUCCAAUUGAAUCGAAAGUAUCUGAUGGAAUGCAUUUUGAUAUUCGAUAUGUUGUUUUGGAGAAAAAUCAUUUUAUUCGAGUUUCGCAAGAGAUUGGUGGACCUGAAAAUAGUGCGAAUGAUACGCCAACUCCAACACCUAAUGAUACUAGAUAA